GAGCCUGUAAAUGAGAAAGCCCCAGGAAAGAUCACUGACGCAUCCUUUAAAAAUUAAGUUACGUACAUUUAGCUUUUAUUUGUGUCAGCCUGAGAAUGACAUACGUGGACAUGCUGAGAUUUUUACUGUUUUCCUAGAAUCACCUGAUAUCGUGCAGUUUCUAUCUUGUACCCUGUGCUAACGAAAAGUGCAAUGCUUCAGUUAAAAGGCUCGGAAUGGAAGGAUAUGUGAUAAGCAGUUGUGAAUGGAGAAUGAUUCCUUGCGAUUAUUGUGGGGAGCAACAUCCGAAAUGUCUGAUGAAAAAACAUAUGGAUGAUUGUGCAAAGAUGCCACUGGUAUGCGAAAAUGGUUGUCGGGAAAACAUCUUACGAGAAAAGAUCGAGACCCACAAUGACAACGAUUGUCUGCUGGCCAUAAUCUCCUGUCCAUAUGUUGAUAUGGGUUGCACCACCAAGAUUCCAAGAAAGGAAGUCGAACUGCACCUCCAGACCACAAUGAGAAUCCACUUUGAAAACGCCUGCAUAAUUUUUUAAAAGGCGAAUUCUAAAUUUGAAGAGAAAUUAAGAGCCCUUGAAUUUGACCAAACAAUACUAAUACAGGAGAAAUCUACCCUAAAACAUCAAGUGCAGGAGUUAAAAUCUGUCAAUGCUUUUCUCGAAGCAAAAGUAACUGCCCAG